CGUCCUUGUGCUUCCGGGUCAGGCGCGCGCCGGGGUCGGCUUGGGACUGGAGCCUUGGCCCUGGGCAGCGACUGGCUCGUGCAGCUUGGCGGUGAGAGCCGCCCGGCUCCCGGUCCUGCGGGCGCAGCCCCCGGCGGAGCUCUGCGGAUCGCGCCGCUGCCGUUGGGUUAGCAGGGAGCGGCCGGGCCGGCCGGGCCCCCGGAGCAGGGACGGGGGGUAACGCGCUAACAAGCCGGUGCGGCUGGCGCGGGAGCGGGCUCGCUCUCCUUGGCCCGCGUCCGCUGUCCGUGGGCGGGGCAGGUCCCGCUGAAGUUUCCCUGGAUGGAUCCCGAAGCUCCUCUGGUCCGGAGGCGACUCUGCGGAGCCCGCGGCUGAGCCCCGCGUGGCCGCUGCCUCAGUGCGGGCUGCGUGUGAUUCCUGCCUUUGGGAGCAUGUUGUCGCUUGUGACCAGGGCAGCGGGGGUCUGGGUCAGGCUGCGGCGCGCCUGUAGCACUGCUGCUUUGUUAUGCUCUCAGCCGUGCAUGGAAAAAUGCCCUGCGGAUCAUGUUGUGUUCUCCAGACCCUAUAGUUCCCAAAAGAAGGAAAAACUGGAUAUGUCUAUAUUUCCUGUUGAAAAUAUUAGAAAUUUCAGUAUCAUAGCUCAUGUAGACCAUGGCAAAAGCACUCUAGCAGACAGGCUAUUGGAAAUUACAGGAACAAUUGCUAAAACUGACCAAAAUAAACAAGUGCUGGAUAAACUGCAAGUGGAACGGGAAAGAGGGAUCACAGUUAAGGCACAGACUGCAUCUCUCUUUUACAGUUAUGAAGGAAUGAACUACCUCUUAAAUCUCAUUGACACACCAGGUCAUGUAGAUUUUAGCUAUGAAGUAUCACGGUCACUGUCUGCCUGUCAAGGUGUCAUUCUUGUAGUGGAUGCAAAUGAGGGUAUUCAAGCACAAACGAUGGCAAACUUCUAUCUUGCUUUUGAAGCACAACUGGCAAUAAUUCCUGUUAUAAACAAGAUUGACUUGAAGAAUGCAGACCCUGAAAGGGUUGAGAAACAAAUUGAAAAGCUAUUUGAUAUCUCUAAAGAUAAAUGUAUUAGGAUUUCUGCUAAACUAGGAACGAAUGUGGAAAAGGUUCUUCAGGAAGUUAUUGAAAAGGUUCCACCACCCAGUGUUAACAUUAGAGACCCAUUGAAAGCCUUGGUAUUUGACUCCACCUUCGACCACUACAGGGGUGUCAUAGCUAACAUUGCGCUCUUUGGUGGAGAGGUUCAGAAAGGACAUAAGAUUGUGUCUGCUCACACAAGGAAGACCUAUGAAGUUAACGAAGUAGGAAUUCUGACGCCAAAUGAACAGCCAACUCAUAAAUUAUAUGCUGGACAGGUGGGCUAUCUGAUUGCUGGGAUGAAAGAGGUUACGGAAGCCCAAAUAGGAGACACGCUGUAUUUACAUAAGCAGCCAGUGGAGCCUUUGCCUGGCUUUAAAUCAGCGAAACCAAUGGUCUUUGCAGGAAUGUACCCAGUAGACCAGUCGGAAUAUAACAACCUGAAAAGUGCUAUAGAAAAACUGACACUAAAUGAUUCCAGUGUAACUAUUCAUCGGGAUAGCAGCCUUGCCUUAGGAGCUGGAUGGAGGUUGGGGUUUCUUGGUCUUCUACAUCUGGAAGUUUUUAAUCAGCGCUUGGAGCAAGAAUACAAUGCAUCUGUCAUUUUGACUGCACCCACUGUUCCAUAUAAGGCUGUUCUUUCCUCAGCAAAAUUGAUAAAGGAGCACGGAAAAGAGGAGAUUACUGUUAUCAACCCUGCUGAGUUUCCUGAUAAAUCUUCAGUAUCAGAAUAUUUGGAACCAACCGUUUUGGGGACUAUCAUAACACCCGAUGAAUAUAUUGGAAAAAUCAUAACUCUGUGUCAGACUCGCAGGGCUGUUCAGAAGGACAUGAUGUACAUUGAUGAGCACAGGGUUAUGCUGAAAUAUAUCUUCCCACUGAAUGAAAUUGUGGUGGAUUUUUAUGAUGCUCUGAAAUCACUCUCUUCUGGAUAUGCUAGUUUUGAUUAUGAAGAUGCAGGAUACCAGGCAGCAGACCUUGUCAAAAUGGAUAUUCUUUUAAAUGGAAACUCUGUUGAAGAAUUGGGAACUGUUGUACACAAAGACAAAGCAUAUGCUGUUGGCAAAGCCAUGUGUGAACGUUUAAAAGAUGCUAUUCCUAGACAGUUGUUUGAAAUAGCCAUCCAGGCUGCUCUUGGCAGCAAAGUCAUUGCAAGAGAAACAGUGAAAGCUUACAGAAAGAAUGUUCUGGCAAAAUGUUAUGGUGGAGAUAUUACACGGAAAAUGAAGCUUUUGAAGAGGCAAGCAGAAGGAAAGAAAAAGAUGAGGAAAAUUGGCAACGUGGAAGUGCCCAAAGAUGCCUUUAUAAGUGUUCUAAAGAGACAAUCUGAAAAAUAGUUGGAGAUCAAAACUCUGCAACUGUGAUGCUUCUAUCUAACUUUUGCUGGGCAAAUGGCUGCAUGAGGUUAAUGUAUAACUUCUUGCUGGGGGUAUGUUUGUGUGACUUGUCAUAUUUAAUUUUGUACAGCUGGUUACAGGUAUGAGGAAUGAAUUUUAAUUGGAAGAAUGUACUUGAAUUCUACAUUUCAGAUUUUAUUACCAUACUCUAUUUUGUAAUGUGUACAAUUAAAUUCAACUAGAAUGAU